GAAUGGAUUAAGUUGCAAGGAUACUUUACUGUCAUAUGUGAAAGCUAACGGGUAAAUUCAUAGUGAUAGUUUAUUCAUUCUGGCUACCGAGUUAUAAUAUAAUUUUACAAGAAUUAAGAAUUUUGGUGUUAAUGCAAGAUAAUCUGACUUGAUUUGUAAGAGGCAUGAAUACUCAAGAUAUAAUACAUCAAGCUCAGGAUGUAUUCGACAGAGUCACUCACCGCUCAUCUCCACUUCUGCCUACUUCAGAACGUAAAUCUGAUUCUGCCUCAAGUACUAGUUCUGUUCUGACAAAUGUGGCACCUCCAUCUGCUCUUCCUUCCUUCAUAGCAUCCCCCUUUCCAUCAGUUAGAGCUCCUCUUCCUCCACAUGUAACAGCUCCAACACCCCCAUCAGGUCCCAGUUUUCCAUCACCUGGACCAUUACCUGUCAGUGGUGUAGCUUCACCAGUUGGUGGAUCCUCCAGUGGUACUCCUGGUCCAUCCCCUAGAACACUUCCCCUUUCUCCCCUCACUCGUCCAUGUGGUCCUUCUCCUCCACCACCAGCACCACCUCACAUCUCUACUGUACCAUCACAGAGUCACACAGUGGACCAAACCUUGGCUAGCUCUGGUCCUGCCCAAGUACUUGAUAAACAGUUAACUCAAUUGACCAGCCCAAUGCAUCCAUUGUUGACUGAGCCUCAUCCACCAGUUAGUGAAGGUAGUGUAGAUGCCUCUGCUUCUGUUGACCUUGGCUCACCUAGUGUAGCUGAACCAGCGGGCAAGCCUGGAGGAAGUGGUUGGUUAGGAUGGAUUCGUGGCACAGUGUCAAGUGUGAGCCAUCGUGUAGCUGAAAAAGCCAAGACUUCAAUGGAUACUAUGAUUACCACUCUGGAUCCUCAGAUGAAGGAAUUUAUACAUUCUGGUGGAGACAUGGAUAUUAUUGUUACUUCAGACAAGGAAAUCAAAGUUGGGGCAGUUAGGGAAGCUUUCCAGUUUAUUUUUGGAAAGGCAACAGUGAGUGGCAUGGCAGCUCAAGCAGAGGGAGUAGCUGCUCAGCCAGUUGGAUUUGAGGCUGCACUUGAGUCUGCUGAACAACGUAUUAACUUUCUCAGGUCUUCAGGACGUGUACAUCCACAGCAGCCUCUUGUAUCAGUAGAGAACUUUAUUGUUGAAUGUACACCUGAUUGCUGGUUUGAUCUUGGUUUUCUACUCUUGGAUGACCCAGGAGAGGACAUUGUCCUACAGACUUACACACAGGUAACGCCUGUCCCACUUGACUUUGUAAAUCAGGCCCGAAAUUCUACCCCGAAAGACUAUGUGUUUAAAAAUUCUGGCUUUACAACUACCAUUGGUCAGAUUGCCAGCCAGAAUCUUCAGGUGCAUCAUACAAUGUGGCAAGAGAGGUUAACAGGUGUGUCAAGAAGAGAGACAAUAGUUCUUGCUGCUCGUACUCUGGCUGGCCUCUACAAAUCAAGACUGUCUACUCUUUAGUACUGACUGAGGAGUUAUAUGGUGCCAAUGAACUAAAUAAAUUAAGAGAACUCUUUAAUAGUAGCAGAAAAUUGCCUUAAAUAUUAUAUCAUUAAUCUGAAUAUCAAGUUUAAUUUCAGUGGUGUGUAUUAGAGCAGUCAAUAAUAACCUUUUUUACGUUUGAAUUGAAUUUGCUUUGGUAUCGUAUUCAUAUCUGAACCAGUUAACUAACUUUUUGUACUGUUUGGGCAAUCUUGAAUACAGUACUACUUACUUUAAUACAGAGUUCUCGUUACGGAUAGAAUUAUAAAUUCUUAUAUUUUUCAUAUUAGCUUUCAAUAAAUUAUUAGUACAGCAAUUGUUUUUAAACAGUGUAACAAUGAAAGUACCCACUUUUUUUCUCUCUUGUAUUAAAGGGUUGUAUAUGGGGGUUACGUUGUCUUUUAUGUUGCCUUUGGAGAGCAUGAAAAAGUCUUGUCCGUGUUGACAAAUUAAUAUUCGCAGAAACCAAAAUUUAAUUGUAUUCAUUGUUAAAUGUUUUUGCACUUCAUCUAAUAACUAAUAUGUUACAUUUUAUCUUUAUUGCUUUUAUUUAAUGUGCAAAGAUAAAUAAAUUUGACACUUGAGGACAUGGGACAGAUUUAAAACUAAGCCAUGUUCAAAAAACCCAACAGUAGUGUCCUGAAUUUAUGAUUAUUAUGCAGGUGACUGCUAUAUUAUUUAUUUAAGCAUACUUUAUUAUGUUGUGCUUUUGUUUUAAGAGAAAGUAGUGUACUUUACCUCUCGUCUGUAAUCUCAUUCAUAUUAAUUUUUCACACAUUAUGAUAUAGCAUGGAUUCUAAUUAUCAAAUGUGUUUAUUUUUUUAAUUUUAGUUGUGCUAGGAUUUGCAUACAACUGUUCAGUGAAGCCUCCUUGUUUAUGGGUUGCAUUAUUUUAGACCCAACGAUUGUGAAAAACUCUCAGAUAUGCUAAGUGGCUGUCUACUUGCCUUGUAUGCCCCGUACAUGCUAGCACGCAGUUCUGGUAUUUCCUUACAUACUCAGAUAUAGACUAUCUCAAAAUAUUGCUGUAAUUAUGUUCAUGUUGACACCCUUAAGAAAAAGUAUCCAAAAAGAAAUAAGACUUGGGUGUAGAAAAUGCAGUGAGCACAUUGUGUUCAAUUCCACAUUUUAAGUCUUUUGCUGUGAGUGAAAAAAUAUGCAGCACUGACAUUGAUACUCUGGCACUCCACUAAACUCCCAAUUUUUAGAAAUUGAUCCCUUCUGUUAAAGUCCAGUUAGUGAAUAAAGAUGCUUUAAAAGAAGAAACUUCACUUUAUUACAGUAAGACCCCUGUAUUUGCAGUUCCAGUUAUUCGCUGUUUGCCAUGGCUCAAAAAUAACCCUUAAUUUUGCUCAAUAAUGGCCUCAGAGUGGAAGUUCUUCAAAACCUAAGAGAAGCCAUGAAGUGCUUCCCAUCAGUGAAAAAGUGGUAAAUUACACACAAUAAAUUGAGAAUUAUCAAUUAAACUUUAUAAUGGGUAUGUAUAGGACAUAUGUAUAGGGUUCACUACUAUCCAUGGUUUCAGUAUCCACGGUGGGUCCUUGGAACAUACCCCCCACAGAUACAGGGGUCCUACUAUAUAAGAAUUCAGACACACUAAAAGUGAGGCAUGAUACAAAAACUAAUGACGUUUGAAACUAUCAGUAUUUAUAUCAUGUUAAUGAAACCUUGCUCUCAUGUUGUGCCCAGAGGCCUCUUGUGUGGAAAGGAGGAGCAUCUCUAGUCAGAAGAGCACUGUCAACAUCUCAAAAUGUUUUGCAUGUUAAGGGAAUUUCUGCCUGCACACCUAAAUGUCCUCUACCUCUUUACAAAUAUUGUAUCAUGCUGAAAUAAAGAAUCUAAUCUAAUCCAUGGCCCAAGACUAUUCAACCUGCUACCAGCAGGUAUGAGAAAUAUUGCAUGAACAAAUGUAGAGGUUUUCAAGAGGAAAGUGGAUCAACCAGGCUGUGACUGCUAUGUGGGCAAGUGGGCCACUAACACCAAUAGCCUGGUCAAACAGGCAAUGAUCAGAAAUGCUCAGCCCCAGGCUGAGUUUUGAUGGUAGAAAUUUUUUUGAAACCAGUCACGUGUAUAUCACAGAAACAUCCUUAGAACAAUUAUUUUGCUGGGGAAGGGGGGUGUUACAACAAUGGUUCCUGGAGGCCUAGUGUCAUUGCUUCCCUGGAACUGUACCAGCAGUCAGCAACACCAGAGGCAGCUGUAGAGCUGAGGCAAGACUAAUAAAGCAACCAGCAGAUCAGAAGUUGGUCAGGGAAAGAAGAGUUUCACUUACAUUAAAAAUAACUUAUUGGCCCAUGUAUGAUUGCAGAGGAUCUGUCUUGUGAACCCUGGGCAAGCCUGGCACCUAGCCAAAGUCACCCUCACUUGAUCAAAAAAAGUAAGUUUCCUUGCAUAGUCCUAAACACAUGAAUACCAUCAAUGACAAGGUCGAGAGAUCAGUCUGAUUUGGGAGAACACUAUGCUAGGUAACCCCUGUAGGGUACUGCUGGAUGUUUAUACGGAGUGGAAUACCUUGUCACAACAACUGUAGACCUAAGCACUAUUAUUUUUGUUUAUGCUCUAAAGUUUUUGAGAACCUCACCAGAGCCUGGUGUAAUAUCCCUGGGUGGACCACAGAUCAGGGAUCACCGCCUGAUUUCUUAGGUACAGCUACUGUAGUUUCUAUACCUGUCACUUGGUAUAACAGAAGACAUUAGGCAAGACUGCUAAAGAUACCUUGCCUUCACUGGCUGCAGAUAUCAAAGGUACACUGAAUCCAUGAUCAGAAUGUCAAGAAAGAUGAUGGUGAGCAAUCCUUAAAACCAGAUGCAAUUAAAGACAUGGCUGUUAGACUUUGCUAUGAAAGUUAAGACACAGGUGCAACAUCUGGAUAUCUUUAUUGUAGACGUUUCGCCAUCCAGUGGCUUUAUAAAUACAGAUUCUAGGACAUAAUUGGAAGACAGGACAUAACUGUCUUCCAAUUAUGUCCUAGAAUCUGUAUUGAUAAAGCCACUGGAUGGCAAAACAUCUACAAUAAAGAUAUCCAGAUGUUGCACCUGUGUCUUAACUUUCAUAUUGUCGGUAUUUUAUACCUUUCUUGCACAGACUUUGCUAUAAAUUGGAAGUUCACCUCCAUUCAGGUGAAUCAAGAAGUGAGGAAAGGCCUUGUACAGAUUUAUCAUGGAUGUUCAACAGAACUGAAUGAGGAAAGUGCCAUCUCUGGCAUUGGAGACCCUUGUAGGUUUAGCACUUCUUUUUUAUUAUAAUAAUAAUUAUCUGGUGCUGGAUUUGAACUUGAAUGUGUGUACAGUUGCACUUUGCACCAAACUUUUCAGAAUCAGAUAUGAAACAAUGGAAGUGAAGUGUGUAAACAAAGUCAUCUAACCAACAUGAGAGGAAUGCCAGCUUUAUGAGGGAGGGGACAAGCAGUAGAAAAUAAACUCUCAGCAAAUGGAAAAGCAAGGAUACUUGCAGGACCUACCACUUCUGAUGACUGAUGAGCUGCCCACCCACAGUGGGUGGCAGGUGAGAGGCUCAGGGUUGUGAUGUGACUGCUUCAAGAAAGGAGGAUGAAGUUCUGCAGGGUGAGAUGAAACUGGUCCCUAACUCAAGUGGGAGUUUGAGUGCUUGUCAACAAGUGUAAUGCAUUUAAACCUUUAUAACACAGGGCAAGGAUGUAGGCAGGAUAGGAGGUCUGCCUGUUGCUGGUUUGGUCACUGGGUGAUUAAGGUGCAUGCUGACUGUAUAUUAUAUGACAACUCAGAUGAGAGCCUUAGACCUAGCCUUGGGACCUGGCCCUGGUUAAACCAGCCCUGCCAGGCCCCUGGGGUACAUUGAAAGUUCCUGGGGAGUUGCUCUGAAGUUGAACAAAGAAAACUAGAAGAGGUGUAGUUUGUUAAACAUUUAAAGCUAGAUAAGAUUUGUCUUUGGUCAGCUCACCAUGAACCACAGGUUUCCCUUCCACAAAUAUAUAUCAGUCAUUGGAAACCUCUGAGCUGAGCUUUCUUGUAUCAACAGGAAGCAUUUGGAAUAAGUUAUCUGGCUACCAUGAAGUGGGUGAAAAAAAAACAAUGUCUGGUGCUCUUAGAAAUUUCAGAGUAGAGGUAUGAAACCACACAAAUUCUAAGAAAUUAGUCCUCUUAGGGCACUGGGAAACUAGAUGCAGGCUGUACAGUAGUUCCUGGUAGAGAGUAGAGGAGUGGGUGUUUAUGCGACAACAUCCUGGUUUUAAAAAGCAAGUCAGCAUUGGGGGCCAACUGUAAAAAAGGCCUCCUAGUAUAUGUGAGCAAUCGCAUAUUGAGGGGAGGCACGGACAUCUAAUGUGGAUUGAAAUAGUGCUUCUGUUGACAUACUAGGUGAAGAGAGGCAAAUAAUGGCUGUGUUUUGGUUGCAUGCCAGGUGGCUAGCAGGACCCCACUGCAGAAGUUACUGCAUAAAAGAUACACUUGUGUAAUCACACUACAUAAGUACAAUGGACUUUCUCUCUAAUAAUUUGAAUACAGUGUAUAUUAUUAAGGUUAAAUUAUACAUUUCUUCUGUUAUUCAGAACACUUAUUUGCAUAACACGUGCAUAUUUGGAAUACACUUUUGAAGAUAGAGCAAAAGAUUUAAAAAUGUCUAGGAAUAGUUCUACUUGAGGCUACCCUCAAUUACCAAUUGUUUUUUCAGUGAUAAUUGUGAAAUGCUACUGUUGAUAUCCCAGUUUACUUAGCUGGUGUGUCUGCACUGAUGAAACAAUCAACUAUUAUGUUACACCAGUAUUCAGGAGUUAUGUACCAGUGCUCACUGAACGGUUCCUCGUUAAGUCAAUAUUAUGUUAACAUUUGUUACCAGUACUAAUCCAUUUGAUGGAAAUCUAAAGUUAUUGCUUGUUCCACUGCUUGGUCUGUUAUUAAUCUUAUUUUUUUCUCUUCCCUGAAUACUAUUCUUUUAUUUUAAUAUACAGUAUUUGUUCCUGUUUUCUUAUGCACGUAAAAUAAAUAUUUUCUAAUU